CGGUUGAGGGUGUCGUGGGUGUCGUCGCUAUCCAUUGGUCAUGCGCACAUGUGAGCCCUUAGCGCCAUCUCGGAGCCCCCGGCCGAUGGCCCAUCUCGUAUCGCAUUGCCUCACAUGCACCGCCCACCGUCUGUCUGCACAACAUCCCUCCCCUCCGCCGCGGCCAUUCGCUGGAUGUGGAUGGCUUCCGCUGCGCCCGCGUCGCUUCCGCGCGGUGCACUAACGCCUUUGCGGAUCGGGCCAAAUUUAAAUCAAACGACAGCCGACGACGUCGCCGGUCGAGAAGGUCGAGCGCGCAGCAAGGGCAUUCAUCACGACACCCUCACGUCUGCCCCGUCCAUCAUCAUAUGAUAUCAUAUUAUUCCUCACCUACAUCCCACCUCUUCCAUCAUUCAAUCUCUACC